AUGAAGGCUCCCCUCCUCCUGCUGCUCAUUGCUGAGGUCUCUGGGGUGUAUUGCAGUGAGUAUAGACUGAAUGAUAUAUAGACUGUGUAAUAUAUAGACUGAAUCAUAUAUAGAUUGCAUUGGUAGAGUAAAAGGUUAGGGUUCCUGACAUAUAGUGUCACUCUCUCUCUCUGACACGUGUCUGUCUCAGGUCACUCUCUCUGACAUGUGUCCGUCUCAGGUCUCUCUCUCUCUGACAUGUGUCUGUCUGUCUCAGGUCACUCUCUCUCUCUCUGACAUGUGUCUGUCUGUCUCAGGUCACUCUCUCUCUCUGACAUGUGUCUGUUUGUCUCAGGUCACUCUCUCUGACAUGUGUCUGUCUGUCUGUCUCAUUUCACUCUCUCUGACAUGUGUCUGUCUCAGGUCACUCUCUCUCUGACAUGUGUCUGUCUAUCUGUCUCAGGUCUCUCUCUCUGACAUGUGUCUGUCUGUCUCAGGUCACUCUCUCUCUGACAUGUGUCUGUCUGUCUCAGGUCACUCUCUCUCUGACAUGUGUCUGUUUCAGAUCUCUCUCUCUCUGACAUGUGUCUGUCUGUCUCAGGUCUCUCUCUCUCUCUCUGACAUGUGUCUGUCUGUCUCAGGUCUCUCUCUCUCUGACAUGUGUCUGUCUGUCUCAGGUCUCUCUCUCUGAUAUGUGUCUGUCUGUCUCAGGUCUCUCUCUCUCUCUCUGACAUGUGUCUGUCUGUCUCAGGUCUCUCUCUUUGGCAUGUGGUUGUCUGUCUCAGGUCUCUCUCUCUGACAUGUGUCUGUCUGUCUCAGGUCACUCUCUCUCUCUGACAUGUGUCUGUCUGUCUCACGUCUCUCUCUCUCUUUGACAUGUGUCUGUCUGUCUCAUGUCACUCUCUGACAUGUGUCUGUCUGUCUCAGGUCUCUCUCUCUCUCUGACAUGUGUCUGUCUGUCUCAGGUCUCUCUCUCUCUCUGACAUGUGUCUGUCUCAGGUCUCUCUCUCUCUGACAUAUGUCUGUCUGUCUCAGGUCACUCUCUCUCUCUGACAUGUGUUUGUCUGUCUCAGGUCACUCUCUCUCUCUCUCUCUGACAUGUGUCUGUCUGUCUCUGGUCUCUCUCUCUCUCUCUCUCUGACAUGUGUCUGUCUGUCUCUGGUCUCUCUCUCUCUCUCUCUCUGACAUGUGUGUGUUUGUCUGUCUCAGGCCACUCUCUCUCUCUCUGACAUGUGUUUGUCUGUCUCAGGUCACUCUCUCUCUCUCUCUCUGACAUGUGUCUGUCUGUCUCAGGUCACUCUCUAUCUCUGACAUGUGUCUGUCUGUCUCAGGUCACUCUCUCUCUGACAUGUGUCUGUUUCAGAUCUCUCUCUCUCUGACAUGUGUCUGUCUGUCUCAGGUCUCUCUCUCUGACAUGUGUCUGUCUAUCUCAGGUCUCUCUCUCUCUGACAUGUGUCUGUCUGUCUCAGGUCUUUCUCUCUGACGUGUCUGUCUGUCUCAGGUCACUCUCUCUCUCUCUCUCUCUGAUGUGUGUCUGUCUCAGGUCACUCUCUCUCUCUGACAUGUGUCUGUCUGUCUCAGGUCACUCUCUCUCUCUGAUGUGUGUCUGUCUGUCUCAGGUCACUCUCUCUCUCUGACAUGUGUCUGUCUGUCUCAGGUCACUCUCUCCAGUAUUAUCACACAGCGGUCUCAGUUCCCGGAUAUGGUCUGCCAGAAUAUAUAUCGGUGGGUUUUGUGGAUGGAAUACAGAUUACAAAAUACAGCAGUGACAUCGGCCGGGUUGUUCCUGUUGCUCAGUGGAUGCAGAAAGUGGCACCUGAUUACUGGGAGAGAAAUUCAAAGAUCGGCAAAGUCAAUGAGGCUGUAUUCAAACAGGACAUAAUCAUAUUAAGGGAACGCUUCAACCAGACAGGAG